CCAUUGGUGGGAUGAGCAAUCCGAGUUCCCGGAUGAGGGAACAUUCUGCAGUAUAAAGGGAGCAGGGAAGGCGGGAGACAGCGCAGUUUGAAUCGCGGUGCGACGAAGGAGUAGGUGGUGGGAUCUCACCGUGGGUCCGAUUAGCCUUUUCUCUGCCUUGCUUGCUUGAGCUUCAGCAGAAUUCGAAAUGGCUGGCGGUAAGGCUGGAAAGGACUCCGGAAAGGCCAAGACAAAGGCGGUUUCCCGCUCGCAGAGAGCCGGCUUGCAGGUCAGUAGUUGUUCGUGCGGUCUGGGAGUCGUGAUGUUUUUCUUUGCAUCUCCUUUUUUGUUAUUCGUGGCUCUCGAUGGGCGUUUCGUCUAUGCGUGGGUGAUGCGGUGUCGCGACUUGGGCUGCCCAUACGAUAAAUAUAGGGGGGAGGAAUCACGUGUUUCGAUGUCGGGACGCGUUGAUGCGCCCGUGCCCCCUUGCUUUGGCGCGCAUGUAAUUUCCCCAUCUCUAGUUCUCCUAUUUUUGUGCAUUUAUGUUUGUGUGUGCUUAAAAUUUAAGUUCCCAGUGGGCCGUAUUCAUCGACACCUGAAAUCUAGGACGACCAGUCAUGGACGUGUGGGCGCGACUGCCGCUGUGUACAGCGCAGCCAUCCUGGAGUACCUCACCGCAGAGGUACUUGAACUGGCAGGAAAUGCAUCAAAAGACUUAAAGGUAAAGCGUAUUACCCCUCGUCACUUGCAACUUGCUAUUCGUGGAGAUGAAGAAUUGGAUUCGCUCAUCAAGGCUACAAUUGCUGGUGGUGGUGUCAUUCCACACAUCCACAAAUCUCUGAUUGGGAAGAAAGGACAACAGAAGACUGUCUAAAGGAUGCCUGGAUUCCUUGUUAUCUCAGGACUCUAAAUACUCUAACAGCUGUCCAGUGUUGGUGAUUCCAGUGGACUGUAUCUCUGUGAAAAACACAAUUUUGCCUUUUUGUAAUUCUAUUUGAGCAAGUUGGAAGUUUAAUUAGCUUUCCAACCAACCAAAUUUCUGCAUUCGAGUCUUAACCAUAUUUAAGUGUUACUGUGGCUUCAAAGAAGCUAUUGAUUCUGAAGUAGUGGGUUUUGAUUGAGUUGACUGUUUUUAAAAAACUGUUUGGAUUUUAAUUGUGAUGCAGAAGUUAUAGUAACAAACAUUUGGUUUUGUACAGACAUUAUUUCCACUCUGGUGGAUAAGCUCAAUAAAGGUCAUAUCCCAAACUA